AUGACGGAGAAUCAUGAUUUCAAAGCUCCCAAGCCCAUGUCAAACAAGAAGGGUCAGGACCCUAACUUGUAUUGUGAUUUCCACAAAAACACAGGCCAUCUGACUGACGACUGCAUCAGUUUGCGCCAAGAGAUCGAGAAGGCUCUCAAAAGUGGGAAAUUGGGUCACUUAGUGAAGAAUGUGCGCAAAGAGACGCGCCAGAUACAUAGAAACGACAAUGGAGGUCAGAAGAAAGUUCGUCGGUUGGAAACACAAAUGGUUGACGGACCAAGAAGAAGUGCAAAAAGCCAGGGCAAGCGCCCAUUCGAGCCGUCGUGGCAAGAACAACAAGUAAUCUUUUCGGUGGUGCGUGGGGGGCCCCGCGCCACACGCCCCCUCGUCAUCACCGGCAUCAUUGGCCACUAUGAGACGGACUAUGUCUUCAUCGACCCUGGGAGCACAGCUGAUAUAAUCUACGAGCAAUGUUUUGAUCAAUUUGAUCCCGAAGAUAUGGCAUGCUUGGAGCCAGUGGACUACCCAUUGUCUGGUUUUUGUAACGAAACGGUAUUUCCACCGGGUCAGAUCAGCUUCCCAGUUACGCUAUCUGAUGGAAAACACUCAAGAACAACCAAUGUCAAUUUCAUGGUCAUGCCAGUUAAAUCAAGACAUGAUGUUUUGAAUGGAAGAGAAACACAGGGUGAAAUGAGCAUGGUAACUUCCACCCCACACUCGGCUAUCUAUUUCCCAACGGAAACAGGGGUGGCAAUUAUCUACUGA